AUGGGAUCGAAUUUGACGAAGUACAUAGAUUACAGAGUGAAGGUCAGGAUGAGGGAUGGAAGAUGGAUGGAGGGCACAAUGCUCGCAGUAGACGAAGAUGUAAAUGUAGUCCUUGAUGACUGUGAGGAGUUCCGCAAAGCAAAGAGAUCCAGGGAGUCGAGGCGUAGAGUUCUGGGAUUGGUUGUGGUUAGGGGAGACUUUGUCGUGGAUGUAGAGAUCGUCAGCAAACCAGACUCAUAA